ACUUAAUGUUUGUCUGAUUGAUACGAAAUGGUUGUGUCGGACGGAUAGCCAUCGACUCGUCGCCCAUCGACGCGUUUGUGAUCGGUUCCAGAGCUCGUGAGCACCUCCAGUCCAUCGCUAGAGACACGAACAUCACGCCCAGAGAUAUCGCACAACUGUCCAAAAUAUUAAGUGAGACCGAAGACACUAAUAAUAAGGUGAUCGCAAACACCACCACAACCACUGCCACAACACACCAGUCCUUAAGCGACAGACAAACGGCUGUCGAUUCGUUGGUUCACAAGAAGCGAAUCGAUUCACAAGAGGGAGAAAUACUGAGUUAUGAACUGAACGACGAGAACAUGGAGUUAGUUGAGUUAAGUGCUUCCCAUAACAUGUCGCCCAACCGUCCGACACCGACGCACCGGGAGCUGCCGGUCGACGUCCCGGAAUCGUUUGUCGGUGUUGUCAAACAGACCCCCCGAUAUCCGCCCCCACACCCACCACCGGCCCCACCACAGCGCACGUCUUCGCAAGCGCCACAAAAUGAGAAAAUUAGGAAAUAUUCCGAAGAAAUUAAUAAUAAGAAAGCGGAGGAGGAGUUCCUUCGGUCGAGUUUGAGGGGCAGUAAAAAACUGCAACAACUCGAGCACAAUAAGACCAAAGAGUUGGAGCCCGUCAUCAACAAUGCCUUCGAAGCCGAUGACGACGACGACCCCCAACUCGACACUGAAGACGAUAAUAAAGUGAUGUCUCCGGACUUGAAUGCAGUGUUGGAACGCCUUAUAAACAAUUUGAACGGAGAAGUGAAGGAUAUUAUAAAUCAAUCCAAUUUAGCAAAACUUAUAGCAAUCUAUACAACUAUUAUGCAAACGCAACAAAAACAAAAGCACUGCUCAUUACCGCCAGCCGUCAUUCCAAACGCUUCCAAUACCGCAGACCUCGUCCAAGAAGUGAUCCUAUUAUUGCAGGAAGAAGAUCACUUCUUGGACGAGGUCUGCGGUAUUGGAAGCGUUUGGAAUGACGGCUGGCGGCGUUCCAACACUGCAUUCAAGUCGGGAGACAUCACUUUUUAUGCCAUCAUUGAGCGCAACAACAACAUCAAGAAGUUGUGA